GGCGCUCUUGCGCGGAUUCUAUUUUAGCACCCGCUUCACUGUCCUCUUACCGCUCACCAUCCCCACACUUUCUCAGACAGUGCACGGAGUAGAUGUCCUCCCUCCACUUCUGUUCGGAAUGCAACAAUCUGCUCUAUCCCAAGGCCGAUCCCCAGCGAAGAAUCAUGGUCUACGCCUGUCGGAUUUGCGCCUACGAGGAGAUGGGAGAGAACAAGUGUGUAUACCGGAACGACUUGCUGACGGUGACCAAAGAGCAGGUCGGAGUGACGAAUGAUUUGGGGACGGAUCCUACCCUUGCACACUCGACGAUCCCUUGUCCGGCAUGUGGUCAUGAAGAGUGCGGACCUUUGCUCAGUCGAGCGGCCCGUGCAGAAACUCACUCCCCGUCAGUGCCGUGUAUUAUCAAGAUCAGUCGAAGCGAAAGGAAACGCGGAUGAUAUUGUUCUUCGUGUGCGCGCAGUGCAAUCAUAGUUUCACGGAUCCGUCGUUGUCAGCAGAGUCCAGGGCAGGGUUAUUAGACCAGGAGUGAUUUCGCGCAGCAGUGUGUCCCGCAUAUUCGUUCUAUCUGUAUUGCUAGUCAUUGAAUGAGAUAUCUUGUACAUUCCCUGGCGCGACCCUUCC